UAAUCUCUCCUUCACACUUAUCACGCCACCUCACCACUAAUCUCUCUCUCUCUCUCUCUCUCUCGCCCCUUCUCGCUUCUCUCCAAAGGUUGGAGAUUCCCUCCAAUGGAUCUCCGACGGAGGCCUCCUAAACCACCGGUCAACAACGCCACCAACAAUAAGAAUCCCAACGGAUCUUAUCCUUCUUAUCAACCAACCCGCUCUUCCGACGACGAUCGCCUUCGCUCAAUCACUCCCCCACCGAAAGCCUCCGAUGCGCUUCCUCUCCCUCUAUACCUCACCAACGCCGUCUUCUUCACGCUCUUCUUCUCCGUCGCUUAUUACCUCCUCCACCGGUGGCGUGACAAGAUCCGUUACAACACCCCUCUCCACGUCGUCACUAUCACCGAGCUCGGUGCCAUUAUCGCUCUCAUCGCUUCUUUCAUCUAUCUCUUAGGGUUUUUUGGUAUUGACUUUGUCCAAUCCUUUAUCUCACGCGCUUCCGGUGAUUCCUGGGAUCUCGCCGAUUCAAUCGAUGAAGACGACCACCGUCUCGUCACGUGCUCUCCACCGGCUCCGAUCGUCACCGUUACCAAAUUGCCUCCCCCGGAACCAAUCGUUACCGAGUCGCUCCCUGAGGAAGACGAGGAGAUUGUGAAAUCUGUUCUCGACGGUGUGAUCCCAUCGUACUCGCUCGAAUCUCGUCUCGGGGAUUGUAAAAGAGCGGCGUCGAUUCGGCGUGAGGCGUUGCAGAGAGUCACGGGGAGAUCUCUUGAAGGAUUACCGUUGGAUGGAUUUGAUUACGAAUCUAUAUUGGGGCAAUGCUGUGAGAUGCCUGUUGGUUAUAUUCAGAUUCCUGUUGGGAUCGCUGGUCCGUUGUUGCUUGAUGGUUUUGAGUACUCUGUUCCUAUGGCUACAACUGAAGGUUGUUUGGUUGCUAGCACUAACAGAGGCUGCAAGGCUAUGUUUAUCUCUGGUGGUGCCACUAGCACUGUUCUUAAGGAUGGUAUGACUCGAGCUCCUGUUGUUCGGUUCGCCUCGGCGAGACGAGCUUCGGAGCUUAAGUUUUUCUUGGAGAGUCCUGAGAAUUUCGAUACUUUGGCCGUUGUUUUCAACAGGUCGAGUAGAUUUGCAAGAUUGCAAAAUAUUAAAUGUACAAUAGCCGGGAAGAAUGCUUAUGUAAGGUUCAGUUGUAGCACUGGUGAUGCUAUGGGGAUGAAUAUGGUAUCCAAAGGUGUGCAGAAUGUUCUUGAAUACCUUACCGAUGAUUUUCCUGACAUGGAUGUUAUUGGUAUCUCUGGUAACUUCUGUUCGGACAAGAAACCUGCUGCUGUGAACUGGAUCGAGGGACGUGGCAAAUCAGUUGUUUGUGAGGCAGUAAUCAGGGGAGAGAUCGUGAACAAGGUGUUGAAAACAAGCGUGGCUGCUUUGGUGGAGCUAAAUAUGCUCAAGAACUUAGCUGGGUCUGCUGUUGCAGGUUCUCUAGGGGGAUUCAACGCUCACGCUAGCAACAUAGUAUCUGCUGUAUUUAUAGCUACGGGACAAGAUCCAGCUCAAAACGUGGAGAGUUCUCAAUGCAUCACCAUGAUGGAAGCUAUUAACGACGGCAAAGAUAUCCAUAUUUCAGUCACUAUGCCAUCAAUUGAGGUGGGGACAGUGGGAGGAGGAACACAGCUUGCAUCUCAAUCAGCGUGUUUAAACUUGCUCGGAGUGAAAGGAGCGAGCAAAGAGGCGCCGGGGAUGAACUCAAGGAGGCUAGCAACAAUAGUGGCAGGAGCAGUAUUAGCGGGAGAGUUAUCUCUAAUGUCAGCAAUUGCAGCUGGACAGCUAGUGAGGAGUCACAUGAAAUACAACAGAUCCAGCCGAGACAUCUCUGGAGCAACGACAACGACAACGACAACAACAACAACAUGAUCGUUGAUUCAUCUCUAUGUCUCUUGGGUCAAAACUCUAAAAAGAAAGACAAGAAUCCAAAAACAAGGCAGGCUUUUCACAACUCAAAACUCGCUGGUAGACAGAGAUUUAAACCAUGUGCAUGUGCGUGCCCUCCCCUCCUUUUGUUAAAUAAAAAAAAAAAGAACUAUUUGUUUUGUUUGUUUGACUUGGUGGAAUCUUUUUCUUUUUUUUUUUCCUGGAUUGAGAAGGAGCGAGAGAUAUAAGAUUUUCACACUUUUCUCUCUCUCUCACUCCCUCCCUCCUUUCUCUCUCUCAUGGAUAAUUCGUGUCUCUUUGAUUUGUCUAAGCUUUUGUCUUUGUUUGUUAGGAAGUGGUCUAUAUGAAAAAAAAAAAAUUGUGUAUGCAGUUGCGUUUGGAGACAUUUUUGAGAUUUUUUCUCUGUUUUGUUUCCUAUCACUUCUAUAUAUAUUAUGUCUGUUUCCCUGUGUGUUGGGACAUCUCUC